AUGCCUUUUCCGAAAACCGAAGAAGAAAUCAACUUAAUAAAGGAGUCAUUCUGGAAAAGAUGGGAUUUUCCCAACUGUGUCGGUUGUAUAGACGGAAAACAUGUCCGUAUACGUAACCCUCAUCAUUCUGGAAGCAUGUUCAGAAACUACAAACAAUUCUUUUCAAUUGUACUGCAAGGCGUUGCCGGGCCUGAUUACAAAUUCAUUGCUAUUGAUGUAGGAGCGUACGGCAAAGAGAGCGAUGGUGGAAUUUUUUCAAAUUCCAAUCUAUCGGACAAGCUUGAGAGUGGUGCACUAGGGGCGAAAAGCCUUGCUGCUUUGCCUGGUACGACUAUCAAAGUUCCACAUGUUCUUCUAGGAGAUGAAGCGUACCCUCUCAAGACUUACCUCAUGAGGCCAUUUCCUAGAGAACAUCUCACCCCCCCACGAAGAAUAUUCAAUCAACGCCUCUCCAGAGCGCGUCAGGUGAUCGAAUGUUCCUUUGGUAUCAUAAGUAGCAAAUGGACUCUGCUUCACAAGGGUAUUGACGUUGAGCCCGAUUUUGCUGAUAUGAUCGUGAAAGCUAUAUGCCUACUGCAUAAUAUUGUUAUAGACUUAGAAGGCGAAGAACAAAUAUCAAAAUAUCUGGACGCAACCAUUCAAGCAGAAAGUGCAAACAUUAGAUUUGCUUCAUUAGGUGAAAAUAGAAGCUCCUUCUCUGCUUACAACGUAAGGGAGAAGUUUAUGGCCUAUUUUUGUGAAAAUUAA